AUGAGUUCAUCAAAAGGAAAAUCUAACCAUGAAAUAGUACCACCAGAAUAUUUUGAUUUAGAGGUUUGCCUUGCUGAAGCAUCAUUAUUUGAAUCUAAAGCUAUUUAUAAUGCAAGUAGAGAUGUUUUUAAAAUUCUUGGUCAAGAUAUUCAGGCACCACCAGUUGUGGGUGAUGAUGAAGUAGAGAAGGCUAAAGGAUUCGAGGUAAAUAUUCCAUUGUGGUCAGCUGUGUCAUUAUCAAGGUAUGCAACAAUAUACCUACCAGAAUAUUUUAAACCAGAAGCUUUGGAGACAAUUAAAGCAGAUGCUAAUAUAGUUCCUAUUAAUGAUAUACAUAGAUAUUAUUAUUCAAUUGGGAAAAGUUUUGCCAGAAUCACUGAUGAUGAUGAGAAAUAG